UGUCGGGGCGGGGGCUCGGCCCCUUUAAGAGCGGCGCCGCCAUGAUCUGCCUGGUGCUGGGGCUCUUCGCCGGCCUCUUCCAGAGCGCCUUCGGCGGGGCCAGCGAGCGCACCUUCGUGGCCAUCAAACCGGACGGGGUCCAGCGGCACCUGGUCGGGGAGAUCAUCCGGCGGUUCGAGAGGAAGGGGCUGCAGCUGGUGGGGAUGAAGCUCCUGCAGGCCUCGGAGGAGCUGCUGAAGGAGCACUACAUCGCCCUCCGCGACCGUCCCUUCUACAGCCAGCUGGUGAAGUACAUGAGCUCCGGGCCCGUGGUGGCCAUGGUCUGGCAGGGCCUGGAUGUGGUCAAGACAGUUCGCACAAUGAUUGGGGAGACUAACCCAGCCGAAUCCAGGCCUGGCACCAUCCGAGGAGACUUCUGCGUUGAAGUCAGCAAGAAUGUGAUCCACGGCAGCGACUCAGUUGAGAGUGCCCGUCAGGAGAUCUCCCUCUGGUUCCGCCCGGAGGAGCUGACUUGCUGGGAGGACACGGCUGAGCACUGGAUCUACGCGUGAGAAGAGCAGCCCAAGGGGAAGUACACCUUCCUGACCAGGCACGGGACGUUUUCGGACAAACUGAUUCAUACCGGAUUAGUGGCUAGAAGGGUAGUCAAACGUUUAACCAGGGCUAAUGACAUUGAGCAAUUUCACCAAAAAAGGAAAGAAAUAAACAAGUCAGAUAAGCCCUCUAGGUGGAGCAUAAAGAGAAUUAAACAGACGCGGGACAUCCAAGAAGGAUUUUAGGCGCUCCGGAUAAGCUGUAAACCCUGGAGUACCUAAUCAACGGGAAACAGGGGAGGGAAAAUUCGACUGGGAUUAGGAAAUAAAAAGGUGUGCUUCAAGAACCAAAAGUGGGCCUACUUGCUAGGUCACCCACUCUUGCAAGAACUUGAAUAAAAAUGUGCUUCACAGAG